AUGGAACAGGGCCAGUAGCAACAAAAGGCAGCCCGAACGCGUGCAAAGACAGUGAGACAAGGGAUCGCGGCAGCCCGAACGCGUGCACAAAGGCUGCCCGCGACCGCUGCGAGCCAUGAGGCGCCGGCUCAGCAAUUGGCUGCCGCUGCUGCUGCUCGCAGCAGCCCGCGCCGACGACGACGACGAAGCCUGCAGCGGCACCUACACGCUCAGUGGACAGGGCAUCCGCCUCAAAACCGCGCCGCUCGGCGCGGCGUCGCCCUACGCGCUCGCGUCGCAACCGGACGGCGAGUGCGCGCGGCCGGGCGACGCGUUGGUACGAGUGGGCGCCGCAAACGUCUUCGACGGCACGCUGCAGGACGCCGUCGAAGCGUGGGGCGCCGGUACACUGACUGAUGAGGUCGCGUUUCCUCUCGCGGACGCCGGUACUGUACGAGGCUACGCGCUCGUGCGCUUCGUGGGCGCCGAGCAGGAGCUCGCGUUCCGACGCGGGGCCGGAGGCGUUGUGGAGGAGGACGACGCGGCUGAUGAUGACCUUGAAGCGGAGGCGGCCGCGUUACGCGCCGAAGCGCAGCAACGAGCGUUGGCGGCGGAGGCCGAGCGCGCCAAGGCUCGAGCCGAGGAGGACGCCGCCGAGAAGGCGGCCGUCGAGGCACAUGCCGCCAAGGUCGCCGCCCUGCGGGCGGCCGAGCGCCAGGCUAGAGAUGAAAAGCAAGCCGAGGCGCGGCGCAAAGAGUUGGAGAGAAUAGAGGCCGAGGAGGCGGAACGCGCCCGAAAGGCGGAGGAGGAGCGCAAGGAGCGGGACGAGGCGCGCCUCGAGCAGCAACGACGACGAGAGGCGGAAAUCCAACAGCUCGAGAAGCAGAAGAAGGCCCGGGAGAAGGAGGAGCGGCGCCUGAAGCGCCUCGCGGAGGCCGAGGCCGAGGCCGCCAAGGUCUGGGAGAACCGCCUCGUGAAGUACGAGACCUGGGCCCGGACCGCCUGGGACGCCCAGAAGCGCGACGCCGCGGCGCGCUUCGAGUUCCUGCCGCUCGAGUUCGCCGAGGCCAAGGGCCCGCUCGGCAUGACGUUCGGCGCCGGGAAGAGCGUGGACGCGACGCUCGUCACGCACGUCGACGCCGGGAAGCGCGCCGCCCGCGCGGGCGUCCUGCGGGGCGACGAGGUCGUGGAGCUGCGGUGGCUCCAGCGCGACGACGACGGCGCGCAGAAGGAGGUCGUCGUGAACACGACGGUCGUGCGGCCGGAGCGGGUCACGGCGCACGUCAUGGAGGCGAUCAAGAAGCGCUGGUGGCCCCUGACCUUCGUCGUCUUCCGCGCGCACGAAGUUGGUAGUGUGGAGGCCGAGGCGCCGCUCUUCGUGAGCGUCGCGGCGCCCGUCGUGCUGCGCGGCGACCAGGGCGCGGUCACGGUCGCCCCGUGGGCGGCGACGCCGGUGCGAGAGGACGUGGACCUCGUGCUGGCCGACCCGUUGGACGGGUGCGCGGGGUCGCUGCUGGCGGAGCCGGCGCCCGUCGAGGACGGCCGCGUGAAGCUCGGCGCGCCGCCGCCCUCCGACCGGAAGCGGUUCGCGCUCGCGAAGCGCGGCGGCUGCUCCUUCGUGGACAAGGCCCGGGCCCUGCAGGCCCACGUCGACGGCGUCCUGAUUUACAACACCGAGGCUGACCCGGUGAAGAUGCCGGCCGGCGGCGUGCCGACGGACGACAUCAGCGUGGUGGUCGCGAUGGUCGGUGCCGACCAGGGCCAGCGCCUCGAGCGCGCGCUGCGCUGGCCCGACCGCGACGCGGUCGCGCUGGCCCUCGCGACCACCAUGCCGUCGUCGGACGCGCCGCACCACCCCGACCGCGACUUUGACGACGAGGACGCGCCGCCGGUCAACGGCAACGUGACCUUCCAGUGCGGCCGCGACGUCGUCGAAGCCAGGUUCCGGUCCGCGGCGUUCGGGCCCCUCCUCGCGCCGCACGCGCCGCUGGGCGUGGGCUUCGCCGUCCCGCCCCCAUUGUGCGCGCUGUCCGGCGUCGAGCGGCGCCUCGCGGGCCUCGCGGCCGUCGCGCAGCGCGGCGGCGGCUGCGGCUUCCAGGAGAAGGCGCGCGUCGCCGAGAAGCUCCAGGCCGCGGCGCUCGUCGUCGUCAACUCCGAGGACUCCCUCACGACGAUGACGCUGCCGGAACCCGACGCGCGCGCCUCCGUCGCGGCGCUCAUGGUCGGCGCCUCCGCCGGGGCCGCGCUCGAGGCCAUGGCCGCGGGCGCGUGCGGCCGCGCCGCGGGCGUCCUCGCGCGGCUCGCCUACGACGCGCCCGAGCUCGGAGACGAAGACGGGUAG